UAUUUGGACCGGGUGGUUAGUUUUUCAGUUCCUAGAGCCUGGACAUUUCGCUGGCUCAACGAAAGUAAACCCAAUUCUCCUCUGUUUCAUUUCAAGGAGUGUAAUUUAACAUUGAAUAAUGGCGGUGAACACAGGCACCUCACUAGUGCUGUCCAGUCUGCUGUCAGUGCUGGUGUUUGCUGGGAUGCAGAUGUUCAGUAAGCAGCUGGGAUCUACUGAGUGGCUCACCAUCCUGGGAGGUUUCCUGGGUUCAGUCCUCUUCAUCUGCUCCCUCACUGCAUUUAAUAAUCUGGAAAACCUGAUUUUCGGGAAGGGAUUCCAAGCUAAAAUAUUCCCAGAGAUUCUGCUGUGCCUGUUCCUGUCUCUGUUUGCCUCUGGGCUGGUGCACCGUGUCUGUGUCACCACAUGCCUCAUCUUCUCCCUCUUCGCCUUGUACUACAUCAACAAAGUAUCUGCCGCUCUCUACCAAGCAGCUGUUCCCGCAGUUACACCAGCCAAGGCUGCCAGCAAGGGCAAGAGGAAGAACUGAUGAAUCUGUUGGAUUGCACUUGAAUCCAGCGAACCAGUCAAUAUUAUCCAGGUGCUGACGGCCAUUGCGACACAGCAGUUGCAUAUUUUGUCACAGUAGUUUGUUAAAUCCAUGACCCGUGGCGUAUCUCCAGAGACUUUUUUUUUUUUUUUUAAUUUGAUUUGGGAAUAUUACUUGAUCAUUGAUCAUUUGAGUGAUUACAGGCUUGGAACCAUUAUAAUGUCAUAAUUAUUUUUUUUUUUACAGUGAUCUGAAAUUUGAAUCAUGGAGAAAUGUUCUUGGUAUACUGUAUGUAAGGCCAUAAAAAUAGCAAAACAGCUAUUUACAUUCCAUUGAUAUCCUUCUCCUCAGCUCUGUUUUUACACUGGUUGCAAAGAGAUUCAUCAUGUUGUUUGUAUAUUCCUCAGCACUUCAGGUUGCUUUUUUUUUUGUUUAAUUCAUUUUGUAAUUAAACUUUGUAAAAGAC